UUAUCUCUCUCACUCCCUCCUCACAUUUAUACACACUCUGUCUUUCUCUACCUGUGACUAUCUCUCUGGUUUGGAACUUUCCCUUUAAAUAUCCCCCCGAACGGAAAAUAACGGUAGUAAGUUGCCUGCUACGGUCCGGGUAUCUGACUUCUCGACCACCAGUGAAUUGACGUUCAGUCAGACAGGUGCGUGUGCCUUGCGAUGAGAACGCUGUUGAUAUCCCUUCUCUGCGUCCUCAGCGGGGUGGAGGAGACCUUGGCCGUACCUUCCACGAGAGAGUUCUAUAUCGCCGCGGUUGAGAUCGGUUGGGACUAUCUCUAUUGGGGCAGCGCUGACCCCGUAUCAGAACAAAGGAGGAGGACCAAGGAACCCCCUCAGAAAUACAUAAAAGCUGUUUAUAGAGAAUACACUGAUUCCACAUAUUCAGUCCCCAAGCCUACACCAACAUGGGCAGGUAUCCAGGGUCCAGUGAUCCAUGCCCAGGCCAGUGACAGGGUGGUGGUGCACUUUAAGAACCUGGCGUCCCAGCCCUACAGUAUCAGCCCUGUGGGGGUCAGCUACUGGAAACAGUCUGAGGGGGCCGGAUACGAUGACGCCACGUCAAGCCAGGAGAAGGAGGAUGAUGCUGUUGCUCCAGGAGGAUACUACAAGUACAUCUGGGACAUCAAUCCUAAUGACGGUCCGACCUUGGGAGACCCAGAAUGCCUCACCUACUCCUACUCCUCCCAGGUGGACACUGUACAGGACUUCAACUCUGGGCUCAUCGGGGCUCUGCUCAUCUGCAAAUCAACUGCAUUUACAGAUAAUGGAGUUCGGAAAAGCAGAGAGUUUAUUCUGCUCUUUGCUGUUUUCGAUGAGAGUAAGAGCUGGUACGGAGAGGUGGGGAGUUUCCGGGAAAGAUUUAAGAAGGCCAGUGCAAGAAAACUGUACCACACUAUCAAUGGAUACGUCAACUCAACUUUACCAGGUCUGACGAUGUGCCAGGGACGAGACCAUGUGUUCUGGCAUCUCAUUGGAAUGGAAACGUCUCCAGAGAUCCACUCUAUACAGUUUCAGGAUCACACUCUGCAGGUGAUGGCCCACCGUAAGGUUACUGUGGAGAUGACCCCGAUGACCUUUACCACGGCGGAGAUGAAGCCCAGCACUCAGGGGAAGUUCCUCAUCAGCUGUCAGAUCCAAGAACACCGCCACGCGGGUAUGAGUGCAUUCUUUAAGGUAGAGGACUGCCCAGAGCCUGUGACGGUGCCCGGUCCUGACGUGCGUCAGGUCCAGCAGUCUGAGGAUAAGGAGGACUAUGAAUAUGGAGAUGACAUGUUUGAGACUUUUGUGUUUAAGCCUGGGAAAUAUCAGGCUGUGGGGCGCUCCCGAGGGGGGAAGAUCAAAAUCUGGGUCCAUUACAUCGCUGCUGAGGAGAUCAUCUGGGAUUAUGCACCCCACCUCAGCCAGGGAGACAGUCAACUGUUAUCGGAAUACUUUCCCAGGGGGCCUCAUCAGCUGGGUCAUGAAUAUAAGAAGGUGGUGUAUGUAGAAUACACUGACCAGACCUUCACCACGAGGAAAUCACCUGUUAAAAGACUGCUGGGACCACUGCUCAGAGGACAGGUGGACGAACACUUCCAAAUAGUGUUCAAGAACCUAGCAAGUCGUCCUUUCAACAUUUAUCCAAACGGCCUCACCGCGAUUUCUCCACUGCGUAAAACAGGGAAUGAGGGUGAAAAGGACCUUCGCUCACUGGCUGUACCCCCCAAUGGGACAUAUGGGUACAUGUGGAAACUAACAGCAGAGGACGGGCCCCUGGAGAGAGACCCACAGUGUCUGACCCGUCUGUACCAGAGUACCAUCAACCCUGAGAGAGACGUGGCCACUGGCCUCGUAGGACCCCUCCUCAUCUGCAAGAAGGACUCCAUGGACACCAGGGGGCGGCUGGUGGGCCCAGAUAAAGUGAAGCAGUUGAUGUUCGCUGUGUUUGAUGAAAACAAGAGUUGGUACAUCAAUGACAACAUUCAGAAGUACAGCAGAGAACCCUCCAUGGUCAACCCUACAGACCCUGACUUCUACAACUCCAAUGUCAUCUACAAUGUGAACGGGAUAAUGUUCAACGGGCAGAUGAUCCAGCUGUGUAAGGAUGACGUGACCUUCUGGCACCUGGCCAACGUGGGGACACAGAGCGACUUCCUGUCCGUCUACUUCACAGGAAACCCCUUCAUGAGGGACAACGUGUAUGAGUCCGUUCUCACACUCUUCCCAAUGUCUGGGGAGACUGUUACCAUGGAGACCGAGCUAAUUGGUGAGUGGGAGAUCAGUGCUUUCGACAGUAGCCUGAAGAGCCGUGGCAUGAGCGCCCGCUACUCCGUCCUGUCUUGUAACAUUGACCUGCUUGUGGACAACGAGGACCUAGAGUACGGCCUGGAGGACAUCCUGCCUGAUUACGUAGACCAGUUUUUCAAACCGAGAUCCCUCCGCCCCCGGCUACAGAACAGGACCGUAGCCGUCAGAGUCUGCAAGAAGCAACCCAGUUUAAACCAGAACACAACAACACCGAAAACAAGAAAUUACACAGAUAACGAAAUCUCCAUCGGAGAAUCUGGGGACCACGGGUCUGAUAACAAUGUCACAUUUAAGGCAGGGGACCAGAGGUCAAUCUGUGAGGUCAGGUAUGUGACCGUGUUGUCUGCUGACGAGGAGGGCAACCUGCUCUCCCAGGGAGGGAUCCCCACAGACGUUCUGAAGCAACUGGAGAAGGACGGAGAGUGGAAGGCUUCAGAGACCCAGGAGGGAGGGGGUCUGGGUGGGGAGCAGGGGGGGAAGAGACAAAGACGCCAGGCCAGGGUAGAGGAGAGAGGUCUAGGCAGGGAGCAGGGGGGGGAUGGAAGACAGAGACGCCAGGCCAGGGUAGAAGGAGGAGAGGAUGGGGAUGGGGACGAGGUAGAGGAGGGAGGUCUGGGCAGGGAGCAGGGGGGGAAUGGAAGACUGAGACGCCAGGCCAGUUUGGAGGGUGGAGAGAGCAACAAGCUAGCGGAGAACUGUGAGGAGGAGGUGCUGAAGGAGUGGAAGGGUCGGGUAUAUGGGGAGGCACUGGAGCAGGAGCAGAGAGAAGAGCAGAAAGUGGAGGUGUUGGAUCAGCAGGAGGAGCAGGGACAAAAGGGGGAGUUGGAUCGAGAUUCACAUCCUCUAAGCACAUAUCACACAGAUAAGGACCCUCUACUCUUGGAGUUAAAUGGAUGGAGGGAUCUAGACCCCCUGAAAAACACUUUGGAAGCGCUCCCGGAUCAGCUGAAGGUGCAGCAACAGCGGGAGGAGCAGAAAGCUGGGGAGGUGCAUCCCCUAAACAACAACCCUCACACAGAUCCAGACACCCCUCUACUGGAUUUGUUGGAUCUAGACUUCUCCAAUGUCUCCAAUGACAAUGAGACGGCUCCCAGGAACGCAGUGUCUCUGGAGUAUGAUGACUAUAGUGAGAAGGACACUGGGACAACCUACAUGGGGACAGAGGACAACCUGGACCUGAGGACCACAGAUGGACAUUACCGCAGCUACUACAUCGCUGCACAGGAGAUCACAUGGGACUAUGGGAUCAGGAAACCACAUCAGCUCAUAAAAACAAGAGAGAGGCGUAGGGGAAUGAGGAAGUUCCUGACGGAAUAUAAGAAGGUGGUGUUCAGGGCCUACAGUGAUAGAGACUUCCAGAUCCCCGUCACCAGAGGAGAGCUGCAGGAACAUCUUGGACUCAUGGGUCCUAUCAUUAAAGCUGAGAUCAAUGACCUCCUUACCGUGACCUUCAAGAACAUGGCGUCCAGGCCGUACUCCCUGCACCUCCAUGGAGUGUAUGAUAAGACCCAGGGUGAUGGAUGGACCCAGACCCAGUGGGGGUCCUCCAGGGCUGGGGUGGCGGGGGUCCCUGGGGAGGCGGUCCAGCCUGGGGAGGUCAGGGUCUACACCUGGAGGAUCACCAGGAAGCAGGGGCCCACCGCUGCAGAGUUUGACUGUAAGGCCGGGGCCUACUACUCUACACAGAAUAAGGUGAAGGACCUCCACUCCGGUCUGAUUGGCCCCUUAGUAAUCUGUAAACCAGGCACCCUCCACCCCCAACUGAACCUACAGCCCAACCUACAGGAGUACGCCCUCCUCUUCCACACCUUCGACGAGACCAAGAGCUGGUACCUGGACGAAAACAUCCGUCAGUACUGCAUCCCGCCCUGCCAGGCCCGGAGAGAUGACCCCUGGUUUCAGCUCAGCAACAAGUUUGCAGCGAUAAACGGCUACGUGGCAGAGACACUUCCUGGUCUGAUGGUUGGCCAGCACCAGCAAGUCAGGUGGCACCUGCUGAACGUAGGGGGCGAUGGGGAGUAUCACACCGCCCACUUCCACGGUCUGCCCUUCAGCAUUCACAAGGAGCAGGAGCAUCGCAUGGGGGUGUACAACCUCUAUCCUGGUGUGUUUGGCACAGUGGAGAUGAGGCCGGCCACAGUGGGGACCUGGAUGGUGGAGUGUACAGUAGGAGAGCACCAGCUAGCCGGCAUGAGGGCUAAACUACUGGUCUACAACCCACGAUGCAUCCAGCCUCUGGGGUUGAGGUCAGGAAGAAUAGACGAUUCCCAGAUCACGGCAUCAGACCACAUAGGUAACUGGGAGGCCAGGCUGGCGAGGCUGGAGCUAUCUGGUUCUGUCAACGCCUGGAUGGGCACGAAUCAGAAAUCAUGGAUCCAGGUGGACCUCCAGAGACCCACUCUGCUCCAUGGGAUUCAGACCCAGGGUGCCAGAGCCUCUCUGGGCCUGAAGGACUACUUCAUUGUGCACUUCACCCUCUCCUACAGCCUAGACCAGGAGACCUGGACUAACUACAGGGGGAACAGCACCACGCCAUCUUAUAUAUUUAACGGUAACCUGGAUGGCUCAAAGGUGAAGGAGAACCAUCUGUUUCCCCCCAUCCUGGGGCGCUACAUCAGACUGCAGCCUGUCACCAUCCAGAGGAACCCUGCUCUUCGCAUGGAGCUACUGGGCUGUGACCUCAACAGCUGCUCCUUCCCCCUGGGUCUCCAGAGGAGGUUGGUCCCAGACAGCAGCUUCCGAGCCUCCUCCUUCCUGCAGACCUGGAGACUCUCUUGGAGCCCCGCCCUCGCACGCCUCCGCCAGGACGGCAGCGCCAACGCAUGGCGCCCCAAGGUCAAUAACCCCCAUGAGUGGCUGCAGGUGGACUUCCUGGUUAUGAAACGCAUCACAGGGGUUGUGACUCAGGGGGCGUGGUCUAUUCUGACUCAAAUGAUGGUGACAGAGUUCUCCGUAACCAUUAGCGAUGAAGGUCACUCCUGGUCCAACGUGGUUGAUGAGGAAUCGCAAAGAGAGAAGAUGUUCUUGGGGAACAGUGAGCCAGAUGAGGAGAUGCUGAACCUCUUUGAUCCUCCUCUGUUUGCCCGCUUCAUACGGAUCCACCCCAGAGGCUGGGUCAAUGACAUAGCCCUGCGCUUGGAGUUUGUGGGCUGUGACACCCAGCAGCGUCUCUGAGAAACAGAGACAGGGCAGGGGGCCCCACUGUGCAGCUCCACACUCAGGCCCACCUCAUCGUCAUCUCUUCCCUAGAGAAUAUUUAAUGAGCAUAUCAGUGAUGUAAUGAUCAUGAAAUAGUCAUGUCAUUGAUGGAUGAACAGAGUAAGUGAAUCUAGGUAAAAGGUUUGUUUAGCUAGGUUCACGGUUAUAUAUGAUAUUAUUUAUAUGAUAUACUGUUGUAACUGUCUAUUGAUGAGCUUCAGCUGAGAACAGUUUGUUCGUCUCAUUUACAAUGUAUACUGCUACUAACACUAUGACUUCUGACAUUCCAGCUGUGAUCAACCACAUGUAAAUAGUACAAUAUAAUUAUUAUUUUCUGUCUGGAUGGAUGUAUGCACAGUAUACUGUAUAGUACUGUACAUGCAAUAUAUCAUAUGCACUGAGGGGAGAGGGAUUGAGUUUAUAUUGUUAAAUAAACAGAGGUCGCUGUU